AUGAGGUCUUCGGUGUUAUUACUCGCUGCCUCCAGCUGCACGCAUGCAGCCUGGCUACGAUGGUCCAACAACAGAGAGCUCGAGUGGUCGCCGCAAGAGACGAGCAACGUCGCAGACAGUAGCCAAGUGGGAUGGACGCCAAAGCCGACACCAGCGCCCGGUGUGAAAUCCGAUAUCGAGGUCGUGGUUGAUCUUCUCAUGCGACGGCAGGAGACGACAAACUGGACCAACUCAGAAACGUGUGGAUGGUUCAGCGGCAUAUCCUCUUCGGCCGUUGUAUGCGGCAACGGCUUCUCAUGCGCAACAAAUGACGACCACAUCGUCGCAUGCGCGUCCGGGACCAUAGAGCCGUUCUACUCCGUGUGUCUCGACUACUCGGCCGUGCAGAACGGCGACUGCGAUAAUCCCGGGCCCAACACCGGAUGUUGCCAACAAGCAACCGAGCCAGCGUGCGGGACCUACAUCUGGACCGGCUCGCCCCAGCGCUCCAUGUACAAGUGCUUCGAGAGCUCGUCCGCAGUCUCCAUCCUCGACGUCCCGCAGUUCGUCGUCGACGCCUCGAUCUUCUCCAAGACGCACACCACGCCCUCGCCAACACUCACUGCAACACCCAGUCCCAGCGACCCGGGCGUGGCCUCAUCACCCACCACAGCAGUCCCAGGUUCCGGCAACCCCACCGACAGCAGCACAUCCUCGUCCACUCCAUCCCCCGGCUCUUCCACCAACAGCACGACGAACACAGGCGCCAUAGCCGGCGGCGCAGUCGGCGGGUUUCUCGCACUGCUCGCCCUGCUGUUGGCGUACCUGCUCGUGCGCCGCAAGCUGAACAAGGCCAAGGCCAAGGCCAACCUGGGCUUUAGUCGGAACAAGAAGAGCCACAAGGAGGAUAACUCGACGAAUCACUACGAUGUCAAGGUUAUGGGCGGACGCAAGUCGAGAGAUGCGGGGAGUUAUGGCUAUGGUGAUGAUUAUGGGCGGCCGCGGAGUCGGGAGAGGUCAACGUGUCUAGGGUUGACGCUCUGGAAGAAGAAGGAAAAGAUGACGAAGGAAGUGGAGGCAGAUCGGCAGGGGCAGCGAAUGGACUCUUUGAGAGGGGGCGAGGGCGACAGGGGAGGAAGGGAGAUGGAUCAAUGGUCGACACCGAGUGCGGGAGUGGCAGCGCCGCCGCCCAUGGUGAGUGUAUCGUACACAGUCCGCGAAGGCGCAACCAAGACCAAAACGACGAAUAACCACAGCCACUCCCGCCGUUCGAGCCGCUACUCGCGGACGGCAUCACCGCCCGCCUUGGUCAUCCAGGAUCAGCGACAGUUGCCGACCAGGGGGGGGUCCCGCAAGCGACAGACUCAGACCCAGACCCCCAAUCAGCAGGGGUACGGCGGCGAUGAGACGGUGUCGUCUAUGUCGGAUCGUGACAGCCGUGAUUAUGGAUCAUCGACUGUCGCGACUGUCGGCGUAGGCAGGCAGGAUAGCCGGGCCAAAGAGCUUGGGCUAGAUCACAACUACGGCCACCCGGCCUUAGCUCCUACCAGAGCAGGACAGGAGGCCUCCCAUGCAAUGGGAGGCGCUGUCCAGAGCGGAGGAGCUUACAACAGCGCAGAAGCCAAGAAGGCCAGGGCCGUGGAGCUGGACUCGACGCCCAUCGAGGAGCCGUCGAGUCCGGAGUGGAGUGGCGGUCCGUCGUAUAGGCAGAGUAUGUGA